AAAUAUUUUGACUUUUCUGUCAAUAGUGUCAAGCGUGAGUUUGGUUGAUAGGCUUGAUUUGCUAUAAUUUAUGUCAGUAAGUCCCCCAUUCACACAUAAUUCAAAUAAGAUUAUUUUUGAUUUAAAGAUUAAUAAUUAACCAAAAAUGGCGUGGACAAACUACCAAAUGUUGUUGGCUGUGGUUAUGGUUAUUACUGGCAGUAUUAAUACCUUAAGUACAAAAUGGGCAGAUGAAAUCAAAUCUAAAGGAAGGGAUGGUGAACUAAAGAAUUUUAACCAUCCGUUCUUCCAAGCAAGUUCCAUGUUUCUGGGUGAACUUUGCUGUCUUAUUACCUUUAAAAUUCUAUACAAAGUUUACAGCUUAAGAUCGGACGGCACAGAAGAUGUCAAUGAACUCACCAAGGGUAACCGAAGCUUUAACCCUUUCAUACUGUUCAUCCCCGCCAUGUGCGACAUGACUGCUACGUCUAUCAUGUACAUUGGGUUAAACUUGACUUAUGCCUCAAGUUUUCAGAUGUUUAGAGGGUCUGUGAUAAUCUUUGUUGGUCUUCUCAGUACGGGCUUCCUGGACAGGGUGUUGAAAAACAGGGAGUGGACGGGAAUAUUUUUCGUAAUAGCAGGUCUGGCCGUCGUGGGCGUAGCCGAUUUCAUAUCAAAAGACACCAAUGCUGAUAAUCACGGAAGAAACGAUAUUAUAACCGGUGACAUGCUCAUAGUUAUCGCUCAGAUUAUUACGUCCAUUCAAAUGGUUGUCGAGGAAAAAUUCGUAGCGGGGCAAGAUAUUCCCCCGCUACAAGCUGUAGGAUGGGAAGGAUUAUUUGGAUUUUUGGUGCUCGGAUUCUUGCAAAUUCCGUUCUACUUCAUCCGUGCUGGGCCUCCAGUGACGCAGGGCGUUGGGGACCGUUUGGAAGACGCUAUCGAUGCUUUCGUUCAAAUCGGGCACAGCUGGCGGUUGGGGCUUGCCGUGUCAGGAACAAUAAUAUCCAUCGCCUUCUUCAACUUUGCUGGAAUCAGCGUAACAAAGGAGUUGUCUGCCACAACUAGAAUGGUCCUGGACAGCGUUAGGACGAUAGUGAUCUGGAUCUUCAGUUUGGCCUUCUUGGGGCAAAAGUUCCACUGGUUACAGUUGAUCGGAUUCGUCCUGUUGCUGAUCGGAAUGUGUCUCUACAACGGUAUCACCUUCGCGUCUACCUUCUUGAAAAUUCGGUCCCUUAUCAACAGAAGGUACAACCAGAUGGAGGAAGACAGCAUAAUUAAUCGAAAUGCGGAGGACACCGAAGCAUGAGUAGGUUAAUUUUAAUUAUAUUCUAGUUGAAUAUAAAUACUAUAAUCAAAUAACGAGUUAAACAAUAAGACUAAUCUUUGUGAAAAUGUAAAAUAUAUUUAUAUUUUUCAUAGAUAUAAGGAGUAUUUUGACUUUUUUUAUAUGGGUUUGUUGAUAUAGGAAUAUUUUUCUGAGUGUUAGUUUCUUAAAAUUGUAGUUUAUAUGUUUUUGAGAAAAAAUUGUCUGAUUUACAUAAUAUAUGCUAUGUUAGGUCAGUUGUGUUUUUGAAUAAACUCAUUUAAAGUU